GAGUUUCUUUAUUCACACCUUCAAUAGCUUCGUCAUUAAGCUUUCUGAAUCUCAAUCCGAAACCCUAAUUCUCUUCAAGAGUACCAACUUCUGCUCUAGAUAUGGCACCAAAGGCAGAGAAGAAGCCAGCAGAGAAGAAGCCUGCAGAGGAGAAGAAGUCCACAGUAGGAGACAAGGCUCCGGCGGAGAAGAAGCCUAAGGCAGGAAAGAAGCUUCCGAAGGAGGGAGGAGCUGGCGGUGACAAGAAGAAGAAGAGAAGCAAGAAGAGUGUGGAGACAUACAAGAUCUACAUCUUCAAGGUCUUGAAGCAGGUUCAUCCUGACAUUGGUAUCUCCAGCAAGGCCAUGGGCAUCAUGAACAGUUUCAUCAACGACAUCUUCGAGAAGCUUGCCCAGGAAUCUUCUAGACUUGCCCGUUACAACAAGAAACCCACCAUCACUUCAAGGGAAAUCCAAACUGCGGUCAGACUUGUAUUGCCUGGAGAAUUGGCCAAACAUGCCGUCUCUGAGGGUACCAAGGCUGUUACCAAGUUCACUAGUUCUUCCAAUCAGAAGACAAAACUUUCCCCUAUAUAUACAUUCCUCUUAAACUCAGAAAAUAUUCACAACAUCAUCUGCUCUCACCCCAAGCUUCUGAAAUCCCAAUUCGAAACCCUAAUUUAUUUCAGAGCUCAAAGUUCUGUCCUAGAUAUGGCACCAAAGGCAGAUAAGAAGCCAGCGGAGAAGAAGCCGGCGGAGGAGAAGAAGUCCACCGUAGGAGAGAAGGCUCCGGCUGAGAAAAAACCGAAGGCAGGGAAGAAGCUUCCGAAGGAAGGAGGAGCUGGUGACAAGAAGAAGAGACACAAGAAGAGUGUGGAGACAUACAAGAUCUACAUCUUCAAGGUUUUGAAGCAGGUUCACCCUGACAUUGGUAUCUCCAGCAAGGCCAUGGGCAUCAUGAACAGUUUCAUCAAUGACAUUUUCGAGAAGCUUGCCCAAGAAUCUUCUAGACUUGCCCGCUACAACAAGAAACCCACCAUCACUUCAAGGGAAAUCCAGACUGCGGUCAGGCUUGUGCUACCCGGAGAAUUGGCCAAACAUGCUGUCUCUGAGGGUACCAAGGCUGUUACAAAGUUCACCAGUUCUUAAACAAAUUAUCUGAUUCUUGAUCUGUGCUUUUGAUUCCCUAUGCUAGUUAGUUGUAUCUAGUUAAUCUAAAAUUCUGUUUCUAGAUUUGAAUCAUUAGAUUCUAGGAUUUAGUUUGCAUUGAAGAAAUUGGAUUGUGCAUAUCCUUUGUCUAUUGAAAUGAUAAAAUUGAUCCUGUAGAAGUGUUUCAAAAUCAACUCUGCAGUUUGUUCUAA